UUGGCCUACAGCAGCGAAUGUGCGCGCAAAGCCCAGGCUGGCGCGGGCUGCGCGGCGCCGCGACUCCGGGCCGCUGGGCGGCGCUGUGGGUCGGGGAGCUACGUCAAGACCCUGGGGAGCGGGACGGGGGAAGCGGCGGCGACGGGACCGGAAGUGGCGGGUGGCUCGCGCGCGGAUGGCGGCGGCGGCGGCGGUGAUGGCGGCGGGCUGCGGCGGGGCCGGGCCGGCCCGUUCUCUGUCGCGCUUCCGAGGCUGCCUGGCUGGCGCGCUGCUCGGGGACUGCGUGGGCGCCGUCUACGAGGCGCACGACACCGUCAACCUGACGUCAGUCUUGCGUCACGUCCAGAGCCUGGAGCCGGACCCGGGCACGCCGGGCAGCGCGCGGACAGAAGCCUUGUACUACACAGAUGACACAGCCAUGGCUAGGGCGCUGGUGCAGUCCCUACUGGCCAAGGAGGCCUUCGACGAGGUGGACAUGGCUCACAGGUUUGCUCAGGAGUACAAGAAAGACCCUGACCGGGGCUACGGGGCUGGCGUCAUCACCGUCUUCAAGAAGCUCCUGAGCCCCAAGUGUCGCGAUGUCUAUGAGCCUGCCCGUGCCCAGUUUAAUGGGAAGGGCUCCUAUGGCAAUGGGGGUGCCAUGCGGGUAGCUGGCAUCCCCCUGGCCUAUAGCAGCAUCCAGGAUGUGCAGAAGUUUGCCCGGCUCUCGGCCCAGCUGACCCACGCCUCCUCCCUGGGUUAUAACGGUGCCAUCCUGCAGGCCCUGGCUGUGCACCUGGCUCUGCAGGGGGAGUCCUCCAGGGAGCACUUCCUCGAGCAACUUCUGGGCCACAUGGAGGGGCUGGAGGGAGAUGCCCAGUCCGUCUUGGAUGCGAGGGAGCUGGGCAUGGAGGAGCGGCCGUUCUCCAGCCGACUGAAGAAGAUUGGAGAGCUGCUGGGCCAGGACUCGGUGACCCGAGAGGAAGUGGUGUCCGAGCUAGGGAAUGGCAUCGCUGCCUUUGAGUCUGUGCCCACCGCCAUCUACUGCUUCCUGCGCUGCAUGGAGCCCGACCCUGAGAUCCCGCCCGCCUUCAAUAGCCUCCAGAGGACUCUCAUCUAUUCCAUCUCUCUUGGUGGGGACACAGACACCAUUGCCACCAUGGCUGGGGCCAUCGCUGGUGCUUAUUACGGGAUGGAUCAAGUGCCAGAGAGCUGGCAGCAAAGCUGUGAAGGCUACCAGGAGACAGAUAUCCUGGCCCAGAGCCUGCACCGGAUUUUCCAGAAGAGUCUGUGAGCCACAGCUGCUGGGGCUGCCCAUGUCCCAUGGGACCAAUUCCAGCCCAGAUUGGAAACCCUGGGGUUCCUCAAGCCCAGCUCCCCUUCCUCAGUCUUCCUGCCGCGCAGGGCCGAGUGCGCCAUUGGGGAAAAGUCGCCGGAACAGUGCCUCCCUGGGGCUGGGCUUCCGGCUUGCUGCAGGGUACCCCCAGCCCCUUGGGGAGACGGAGAACCAGGACAGGUUUUAUUGGGGGAGCACUGAGGACGUUUUCCUUUUUAUCUGUGACAUGGGAUUUGGAGAGGUACAGUAGCAUCCUUUCUCCCUGCUGGGUUGUCACAAAUUUGCCAGAAAGCCUGUUCUUGACUGGGCAGGGCACUGAGCUGUAGGUUGGAUCAAGGGCCAGGCACCUGCAUCCAGCCAGCUGGGUCUGCAGCUGACCCUUGGCCGUCCUGCGGUUUGCUAGCAGCUUCCAGUGGAAGUCACAGCAAUAAACAGGCUUUAGUAAA